CACAGCGUGGUCAUGAUGGUGAAGCUGGGGAUUUUGGUAGCUGUUGCCGUGUUUCUGGAGACGGUCUAUGGGGCCUCUCUCGGGGUGGUGUACACAGAGGGAGGUAUGGUGGAGGGAGAAAACAUUCGUAUUGGCUUAUUUCGUCGCAUGGACGUCUUCAAGGGGAUUCCCUUUGCUGACAUCCCUGGAAGAUUUGAGAAACCAAAGCGCCACCCUGGCUGGGACGGUAUUCUGAAGGCCACUGAGUACAGGCCGAGAUGCAUUCAGGUGAAUCUCUUGAUGACUGACACCAGAGGAAGUGAGGACUGUCUUUACCUUAACAUCUGGGUUCCUCACGGCAGCAAAGUGUCCACUGGUCUGCCGGUCAUGGUCUGGAUCUAUGGGGGAGGCUUCCUGGCUGGGGGCUCGAUGGGUGCUAACUUCCUGGACAACUAUCUGUACAGCGGGCAGGAGAUUGCAGACAGAGGGAAUGUUAUUGUGGUGACACUGGGAUACCGUGUGGGCACUAUGGGCUUCCUGAGCACUGGAGACUCUGACUUACCCGGAAACUACGGCCUUUGGGACCAGCAUGCCGCCAUCGCCUGGGUGAACAGGAACAUCCGCUCGUUUGGAGGAGACCCUGACAACAUCACCAUCUUUGGAGAGUCUGCAGGCGGAGCUAGUGUCAGCUUCCAGACUCUCACUCCCCACAACAAAGGGCUGUUCAAGAGAGCCAUCUCCCAGAGCGGUGUUGCCCUUUGCCCAUGGGGUAUAAAUAAGAACCCACGCAAGUUCGCUUUGGAGGUUGCUCUAAAGGUCAACUGCCCCACAGAUCAAAACAUGGCUGCCUGUUUGAAGAUGACUGAUCCUGCUCUCCUUACGUUGGCGGGCUCUCUCAGUCUGUCCAGCUCACCUGAUCACCCACUUGUAUGGAACCUGUUAUUGUCUCCUGUGAUUGAUGGGGACUUCCUGCCGGAUGAGCCUUCCAAACUGUUCAACAAUGCCGCUGCCGUUGACUACAUCGCUGGAGUCAACGACAUGGAUGGACACGUGUUUACUGCUUUAGAUGUUCCCUCAAUCAACGCCCCCCUGGUGGACACCCCUAUCGAGGAUGUGAAGACGCUCCUGGCUUCUUACACUAAGGAGAAGGGCAAGGCUGGUUUGGACAACGCUUACUCCACAUACACCUCCACCUGGGGCUCAAACCCCAGCAAGGAGACCAUCAAGAAAACCGUUGUGGAGAUUGGAACAGACUACAUCUUCCUGGUUCCUACUCAGGCUGCCCUCUACCUUCAUGCUGCCAACGCCACAACUGGCCGUACCUACUCGUACCUCUUCUCUCAGCCCAACCGUAUGGGGGGCAUUGGUAGGCCCUACCCCAGCUGGAUGGGAGCCGACCACGCUGAUGACCUGCAGUACGUGUUCGGAAAGCCUUUCUCCACACCACUGGGGUACUGGCCUCGCCACCGUGACGUCUCUGGCUACAUGAUCGCCUACUGGACUAACUUUGCCAAAACUGGGGACCCUAACAAAGGAGAGAGCGUGCCCGUGACCUGGCCUAGAUUCACCAGCACUGGACACCAGUACCUGGAGAUCAACUCUAAGAUGAACAAGAACUAUGUAGGACAGAAGAUGAGAAUGCGUUAUGUGCAUUUCUGGUCUAGCAUCCUACCCAACCUUCCCAUAUCCUUCUCAGAGUAAAGACUGUGUGCAAUCACCUGUGCACCUGCAAUCUGGACCUAUAGACUAAUAUUAAAUUAGUAUUGGUUCAUGAAAAAUUGAUGAUGAAUAGGCCUACAAAUUAUAUUUCCUUGGUUUUAUUGUAUUAUGUGUUGGGCCUCUUUACAAUAUGUAGUGAUAAACAAAUUCACUAUGCACAUAUGAAACCUAUUGGGUUUGUUUGAUUUUUGGUUGGUUUUGGAUGAUAACAGAUGCUAAGUUAAUCAUAUUUUGGUAUGGAUCUUAGUGUACAAAACAUUAUUGAUGGUGCAGAAGUAUGUGCUAACUUUGCAAAACAAAAUAAACUAAAUUCAAAAAGACAAUAAAAAUAGUGAUAUUGAUGCAUUUUACUGUUAUUCCGAUUCCACUGCCAUUUUGUUAGCAGUUCAUCUUUGUUAGCUAACGUUAGCGUACAAGUAGCCAGAUUUAAACAAAUGUAUGACAGCUGAUGUUGUUUAAGGUAAUGUGCUUGGUAAAUGCGUGUCAAUGAACAACAAGGUACCAUAAUAAUACAGGAAAUAAGACGAGGCAGAGUCGAAGAUUUCUACAAUGCAAAUUUAGAGCUGUCUUCACCAAAUCCAUUACGUUAGUUUCCUAGCUAAUUCAGGACAUUCAAAGAGAUGGACCAGUUUUAAAACAAGGCCGUUAGAGGUUGUUAGCACUGUUAUUACAUGGACACAAAAAAACAAAGCUCGGGGUGGUGUACACAGAGGGAGGUAUGGUGGAGGGAGAAAACAUUCGUAUUGGCUUAUUUCGUCGCAUGGACGUCUUCA